ACACCAUCAAACCCAAAACAACAGACGAACCAAUUGCAACCCCGAGACAAGAUUACGAAUUCUUCAUCCUCUUAUGGUAAUUCGGCCAAGAAGAUGGUCAGACAACAUGGCAGUUUAGAGAAAGAUGAAGAGACGAAUCAGGCGGCGUGGGAGGCGGCGCGUGGUGCGCUAGUCGGCGGUACAAAGUGGGGUGCUUUCUUCGCUGUAGCAGGCGGUGUCGCAUACGCAUUUUCUCCCCUCUACCGUGGUCUGACUGUCCAAUUCAAAACAUACAUACAAAUGUCUGGCAUGAUACUAGGCGGCAUGCUCGAAGCAGACAAGCGCAUGGUGAGUUACCAGCAUCGUAUUAGACAUCAUAAGAGGCUGGCAAGGGAUAUGGAGAUUUGGAGACGGUACGAGGAUACGUAUGAGGAGAGGGGGACGCCGGGAGUGGGAGCGGAGAGCGAUGUGCACGGACCAGAUGGGAAAAGUGCAUAGGGCCGCAUGUUGGAGGAUAUUGUGAGCCAGAAUAGAGACCAGGGAAGGUCGUUCUGCUGUACGAUAUCAGGCGUCUAUUCAUUGUCCAUACAUGGAAUGGGUGCGUUACAUACAUGCUUCCGUCUCAGGGCUCUUCUUCUAGAUGAUUCCAGGAUUUCGUAACA